AUGGACAAUUUAGCUGCUAGGCGGAUAACGAGGAGCAAUACGCGACCACGGCGGUCGAUGCGUCUGAACCCUGCUCAAAAUGCCACCGGCCAGACCCAUGCUAGAAGGACGAAACCGAGGCCAAGAGUAUUCGUUGAACUGGAGCUCAGGCCAGCGCUGAAGCGACGUCGGAGUGAGCAUAAGGCAUCCUCGUCUACCCGCACGGCUGCGGGUGAGCAGGCGCCAAAUUUGGAAGAUGUGGAGAACCACCAGUUUGUGGCGUCGAAGGACCACGGGGAAGUCUCUUCUCUAAACGCAGCACGUGCCAGCAAACGAGAGAGCGGGCUUGACAAGACAGAGUCCGAGCUGAAGCGCAAAAUAGAUAGACUCGAUGAUAGUCUCGUGGCGGCGGCGAAGAGAGAAGAGGCGGCGGCGAAACUCAUUGAACAACACGCCGACCAAGCAAGGCAGGCUGCUUUGGCGCAACUCGAAGCUAAUUUCACGUGUGCCUUAUGCUACGAAAUUAUGGCUUGUCCGUACUCGCUGAACCACCCCCUAUGCGGACACACUUUCUGUGCCGAUUGUAUCGCAAAGUGGUUCUUCUCUCGUUUACACAGGGAGUGCGGAGCCUGGCAUGAAGCAGUGAAUUGCCCGGUUUGUCGAGCAAAGCUUGCGCCACCCCAGCCCCAUCCCCCGCGACGAGACUGGGCAUUUCCAUUCUCCCCUAACCGCAUCGCGGACGCUGUUCUGACAGAUUUGAUUGCCUUACUCGCCCGAGAGGAGAAAUCGGGAAGAAAGAACAAGUCGAGUAAAGCAGCCAGCCUCCACGUCCUGUCAGAGUGGAUCGCCGGGGGGUCUUUGCAUACGGACUGGGUGAAUCGAGACAGGCGGGGAAGACAGAUGAUGGGCAGCGUUGCGAGUCGGUGGGUCACGCUGAAACCAUACGAGCUCUGUGAAAUCAAGGCCAGUCUGGGCGUCUAGCUCGUAGGCCUGAAGAGGUCUGGAUAUUGUGUAGCAUAACUGAAGGUAUUGGACUGGGGUCAUGGACAACUUAAGCAUUUUUCUCUUACAAGUUUUUACUCUUGUCGCGCUCUCAUGUCGCUGUCUAGUUCGUCAUAGUUAUCGCUGUCUUGCGGAGGUCAUGCUGGUUUUCAAUACAAGUCGACACCUAUGUUGUCAUGCC